GUGUUGGCUCCUUCCUCCUGUAUUCGGUCCACGAGGGGAUCCGCGGCAUUCCCCUGGACCCCAACGACAAGUCGGAUGCUCUCGUGCCCGUAUCGGGGACCUCCCUGGCCGUGGGAAUCGACUUCCACGCAGCGUGGCGGGAGGAUGUGGUCACCAAUGGCAUUGGCCGCGUGGAGGGCAUCGCCGUGGACUGGAUCGCCGGAAACAUCUACUGGACAGACCAGGGCUUCGACGUCAUCGAGGUGGCCAGGCUGAACGGGUCCUUCCGCUACGUGGUCAUCUCGCAGGGGCUGGACAAGCCGCGGGCCAUCACAGUCCAUCCAGAGAAGGGGUAUCUGUUCUGGACGGAGUGGGGGCAGUACCCCCGCAUCGAACGGUCGCGCCUGGACGGGACUGAGCGGAUGGUGCUGGUGAACGUCAGCAUCAGUUGGCCCAACGGGAUCUCCGUCGACUACGAGGAUGGGAAGCUUUACUGGUGCGAUGCCCGGACAGACAAGAUUGAACGAAUUGACCUGGAGACAGGCGAAAACCGAGAGGUCGUCCUGUCCAGCAACAACAUGGACAUGUUCUCGGUGUCGGUCUUCGAGGAGUACAUUUACUGGAGCGAUAGGACUCACGCGAAUGGCUCCAUCAAAAGAGGCAACAAGGACAACGCUACUGAGUCAGUGUCCCUGCGGACAGGGAUCGGCGUGCAGCUCAAGGACAUCAAAGUCUUCAACCGGGCCAGGCAGAAGGGCACCAACAUCUGUGCCCAGAGCAACGGGGGCUGCCAGCAGCUCUGCCUGUUCCGGGGCAGCGGGCAGAGGACGUGCGCCUGCGCCCAUGGCAUGCUGUCGGAGGAUGGGGUGAGCUGCCGGGACUACGACGGCUACCUGCUGUAUUCGGAGCGCACCAUCCUCAAGAGCAUCCACCUGUCGGACGAGAACAACCUCAAUGCGCCCAUCAAGCCCUUUGAGGAUGCGGAGCACAUGAAGAACGUCAUUGCCCUGGCCUUCGACUACCGCUAUGGCUCUAAGGGCAGCAACCGCAUAUUCUACAGCGACAUCCAUUUUGGCAACAUCCAGCAGAUCAACGACGAUGGCACAGGGCGCAAGACCAUUGUGGAGAAUGUGGGCUCGGUGGAGGGGCUGGCGUACCACCGCGGCUGGGACACGCUGUACUGGACGAGCUACACCACCUCCACCAUCACCCGCCACACCGUGGACCAGAGCCGCCUGGGGGCUUUCGAGAGGGAGACGGUGAUCACCAUGUCAGGGGACGAUCACCCCCGGGCCUUUGUGCUGGACGAGUGCCAGAAGUGA